AAGCCUUGUCUGUGCUCUGUUGUCCUCAGCCUGUUCCUUAAGUGCAAAGAAGGAGUACUGUCUCAGGAUCACAGCAAUUUAACAGUUUAAGAUGCUGACAGUGGGCAGCAUUUUACUGCUUAUGGUAGCAGCAUCUGUUGCCAACAUAGGCAAGGAUCCUACCCUUGAUUUAGAUUGGGAACGCUGGAAGACAAUCUACCAAAAGCAGUACAGCAGUGAGGAGGAAGAGCUUUCCAGGCGCUUGAUCUGGGAAAAAACCCUGAAAAUCGUUACAGUUCAUAACUUGGAAGAGUCAAUGGGAAAGCAUUCAUACACAAUGGCCAUGAAUGGCUUUGCAGACAUGACAUCUGAGGAAGUAACGGCUACAAUGACAGGGCUCAGGGUAUCCGACUCAGAAAUGGAUAACCUUACAGUUGAUUGGCCUCAAGAAAGUUUUCAGGAUCAGGCCCUAGGCUGCAUAGAUUGGAGGAAGAGCGGUUAUGUCACCAAUGUAAAGAACCAGGGAUCUUGUGGUUCUUGUUGGGCUUUCAGUUCCGUGGGGGCCUUGGAAGGACAACUGAAGAAGAAAACAGGGCGUUUGGUGUCACUUAGUCCCCAGAACCUAGUAGACUGCUCCGGGAAAUAUGGCAACCAUGGUUGCAAUGGAGGCUCUAUGACUAGCGCUUUCAGAUAUGUUAUAAACAACCAUGGCAUUGACUCAGAAAAGUCGUACCCAUAUGAAGGUCGGGACAAUAAUUGCCGUUAUAAAACUUCUGGACGGGCUGCCACCUGUGUCAGCUAUAAACAAAUACCUAAAGGAAGUGAAACUUAUCUUGAAAGAGCAGUGGCUUCAGUGGGACCAAUAUCUAUUGCUAUAGAUGCAAGUUUGAAAUCCUUCCAACAUUACCACCGUGGUGUGUACUAUGACUCAAAAUGCAGUUCUUCAAAUAUAAACCACGCUGUUCUUGUUGUGGGAUAUUGUGUGGACAAAGGUGUGCCAUACUGGCUCGUCAAAAACAGCUGGGGAACCAGAUGGGGUGAUCACGGUUAUAUCCGGAUGGCAAAAAACAGAGGCAACCUUUGUGGAAUAGCUUCAUUUGCCAGCUACCCACUGAUGUGAAAAAUCAACUUAAUCCUGGUGGGCAGGAAUGAAGAGUCAAACGUGCUUUAAAUUAAUUUUGUUCUGAGUUCCCCAAAAACCUGUAGCCUUCAAUAAGUCCUGUCUUGAAUCAUACAAAUUUGAUGGACCCCAAGGAUCUGUUAAAUGCAAGAACAAAAAAACUACUGUAAGAAUCACUGUUUGCUAUAAAAUUUCAUGAGUGCUAGCCCUCUUGGCAUAUUGCUUUCAUGUUCCCUAACCAGCCUGGAGCAGCAUAAAGAAAAUCAUCUACACCAACUACUUCAACCAACUAGUCGCAUGAUAUUGGUUCUCCUUGUUUCAUUAAAAGAAGUUAAAAACAUAUUAGGAAAGCAUCUAAUAUUACUUUCCUAUGUGGGCAAUUGCUAUUAGUGUCACAAACAGGAGUGGAGGUGGUGCAUGUGUUUACAAAUUUAAGGAGAUGUGUCCUCAAAACAAUCUCUUUAUGUUAUGGUCCACUCUAUGAAUAGAUGCUAAUUUUUGUAAUGAUGGAGGCCAUAUAACUACCUAGAUUGUUCAGAAAGUUUGAGAAGCUUUCUAUAAUCAAGUUUCUCAAUGGUUUUGCAGGUGAAACCGUUGCUUUUUAAUUUGCCAAAAAUGGCCUUUUUUAAUGCUCAGGUUUUUAAGAACCUCAAAACACAUCUGAAAACAGUUGAACAUCAUGUAUGAUAAGUAGGGUUGGACGAAUUCCUGGAGAUUUCGCCACACGACAUAAUCUUUAAUUAAAGAUCAAUCUUUAAUUCCUGCAGACUCCAGUAUAGUCCUGGAGGGUUGGCAAUUCUAAUGAUACAAUGUACUAUGGCACCAAAGUCAAUAUUAAAUGCAAGAUUUACUGACAGUAAAUCAUCUCAAAAUUUUAUCCCACGUAUCACAAUAGUUGGUGUUUUUUCUCAAAGAUCUUGGAUUUUUGUGAUUAUGUGAGAAUCUCAGCCUUUUUUUUAUUUUUUAAAAUGUGUUUCUAGUGAUGGUUGUGGAUAAAAGGUUAAAAAUGUGAUCCAAGUGAACCCUACAGGCUCAAAGACCAGAAGGCAAAUAAAAAGCACCCUAAAUGUAUUUUUAAUUUAAUGAUUAUUAAACCACUCUCAUGAUUUUGGGGGCGAGGGGGCAGGACUCAUAAUUUUUUAAUGCUUGGGGUUGGCAAUACUCAUGUUAUAAUGUAUAAUGUAUUACAGAAAGCUGCAUGCAUGAUAAUUCAGAACCUAUGUUAGCUGUUCUACUGCCCUUGUCCUGCUUCCUGGGUUUCUUGGUAAUUAAUGUCUUAGUAUGCUAAUUUCCCAAUAAUUGUACUGGGAUAAUAGCCAAUAUAAUCUUUCAGUACGCAGUUUUUAUUAAUUUUAAAUUAUGUAUUGUUAAAUGACAAUCAAAGAUGUUUUCUCAAAACUUGCUGAUUGUAAGAUUUUGCAUGCAUUACUUCCCACAGAAGCUUUAGUAUGUGGUGAUCAGUGUCGGUACAGUAUUUUGUAGAUAGCACCAGGACAGUAAAGGACACUUAAUUAGAGUGCUUAUUAGCUGAAACGUUUGAUAUUCUUGUCCUUUUUAUUAAAUAAAAGCAAAACCUGAAAGAUA